UUGAUAUUAUGGAAGGGAUUGAUGUGUGUUACCGGGACGGAGUCGCCUGUGGUGGUCGUUCUUUCUGAAAGCAUGGAACCGGGCUUUCAGAGGGGUGGUGUAAAGUGGGAGGCAAAGUAUUGAAUUCUGCACAACUAAAGGAAUCAGCUAAUACAAGGGUAGAAUACAGGGUAAUAGCAAUACCAAAAGUCCAACAACGAUCUGCAUGCCUUCCAGCCAUCCAGUCAGCUGGUUGAUUUCCUUAGUAUGUGUGAAACAUGAAGCAGUUGUUUACAGGGAAGCCAAUAAUGCUGUUGACUGGGUUGCUGCUCAUGUGGCUGACUGCCCUGGAUGUGUCCUGUGGGAGGCCUUAUCAGUCAUUCCUGGGUGCCUCUAGGACAUUUUGGUGACUGAUGGGAGUGGACGCAUUUACUCCAGGGCCAUUAUUGCAGGGUGAUAUUCUAUUCUUGCACAUGAAUCAAGACCCUAUUCGUGCUGGUGAAAUAGUUGUAUUUAAUGUUGAUGGAAAAGACAUUCCCAUUGUUCAUCGUGUAAUUGAAGUCCAUGAACGGCAAGACACACGAGAAGUUGAUGUUCUCACCAAAGGUGAUAAUAAUCUUAAAGAUGAUAGGCUUCUUUAUCCUUAUGGUCAGCUUUGGCUUCAGAAGCAUCAUAUCAUGGGGCGCGCUGUGGGAUUUCUGCCAUAUGUUGGCUGGGUUACCAUUAUCAUGAAUGAGAAGCCAGUUAUUAAGUACUUAAUCAUUGGUGCGUUGGGAUUGAUGGUUAUGACAUCAAAGGAGUAGAAAUAUUGCAGAGGAAUCAGAACUGCAUUCAAAUAUCCAACACUUCAAUUUUUAGUCAACAGCAUUUUGCGAGACUUCUUUUCAUCUUUUACAUUGCUUGUCAUUUGAUUAGUCAACCCACUUAGUGUUGGAUAAAGGCAUAGUUGAGUUGAUUACGUUGCUUAUCAUUUGAUUAUUAUUAUUAUUAUUUUUAAUAAGUCAAGUUCAAGAAUGUAAUGCCUUA